ACUGAACCCAGCGGCUGCUGCUGCUGCUGCUGCUGGCAAGUGCCCAGCUGGUUCUGCAACUCAGUGCGGCAAAGUCAGAGGCAGGUUAAGAGAAGCAGAAAUUAGGAGAGGGAUAGGAAAGAGGCAUGGGAGGAGGCACUGGAGAACGCUGGGGAUAGAACACCGAAAUGGGCUCUGUGUGUAUUUGUGCACUUACAGAUUAUCCACAUAAAUAGCAGAAGCUUCCCAGGGGGGGCUGGUGCCCUUUGGCAGGACCGAGAAGGCAUCCACACUGCCAGCAGCAGCAGCCGUGACUCUUCUGCAGGAGAGGAGCGUCUAGGCUCUGAAGAGCCCACGCCAUGCAGUUGAUGGAGGCACUGAAUGUAGCAGCCGCCGCCGUUCCUUCUCUCCCAGAGUCAGGGCUGGGGGCCCAGAGAGGCCCCUGACAGAUCUGGGGAGGGAGAGUUAUGAAGGAAGAGAGGGAAGUGACCAGGGCAGCACUGAGCCCAGCCUAGCUUCCCCAGUAGCCAGCCAGGGACCUCUCUUGCCUGGGUGGGUAUUUGCACAGCUCCUUCUCUCAGGCAGCCUGGCGGCCCUGGAGGAAACUGCACCUAUGUCUGGGGAAGGAGAGAGAGCCUACAUCCCAGAUGAUUCCGACUUCAGCACUUUCCGGGACCAGUGUGAAAGCCAGGAAGGCUGGAGCAGCCGGUAUAACAAGGGAGGAGUGGCAGUGUGGACCCAAAUGCAGCAGGAGAGCAAGACUGUCCAGAAAAUCAAGAUGCGUAUCGUCUGCCGUGAUGUGCCUCCAGAGACGCUCUAUGAUGUUCUACAUGACACCAGUUACCGCAAGAAGUGGGACUCCAACAUGAUUGAGACCCAUGACAUUGGGCGCCUGACUGUCAACGCAGAUGUUGGAUAUUACUCCUGGAGGUGCCCAAGUCCUCUGAAGAAUAGGGACUUUGUUACCUUGCGCUCCUGGCUGCCCCUUGGCCACGACUACAUGAUCAUCAACUACAGCGUCAAACAUCCAUACCCGCCCCGAAAGGACUGCGUGAGGGCCGUAUCCCUGCAGACGGGCUACUUGAUCAAGGCAACGGACAAGAGUGGCUGCAUUCUUUACUACCUCACCCAAGUAGACCCUCGAGGUUCAUUACCAAAGUGGGUGGUGAAUAAAGCGUCUCAGUACGUGGCACCAAAGGCUAUGAAGACGAUCUAUAAGGCAGGGCUGAAGUACCCAGAGUGGAAACGGAAGCAUGACCCUGGCUUUAAGCCUUGGUUGUACCCAGAACAGAACACAUUGCCCAGCAUUAGCCUAGCUGAGCUCUCCCUGCAGCAUUCUGACUCCUUGGAGAACAUCGACGAGAGCGGUCUGUCUGAAGCCAAGAUGAGCCUCAGUGACGAUGAGGCUUGAGGCCAGGAUCUGGAUGCACAGCUCAUCGCCGUCCUGUAGGCUGGAUGAGGCCUUCCACCAUCCAGAAUACAGCAGUUCUCACAGAGCCACCCCAUGCCCACCCACCCAACAGAAGACAAAGCUCCCUGCCCUCCAACUCCCCACUUUCCAAGAGACACAGACACACCAGGGGCGUCGUUCAGUACUACUUUUCAAAAAGCGCAUAUAUGACCAGUGGCCACAGUUUGCUCUUGUCUCCUUCCCUGUUUGUGAAUCUUGUUGGGAAGCACCACAAUUGUGCAUGGGAUGAUGGUUUUCAGGUGGCCAUGACUGGUCUGCAGAAUCUCAGUGCGCAGGAAUGGACACCACAGGACCAACGACCUGAGGUAUCCUUUCUGUGCAGACUGAAGUGCAGAGCAUCAUUGUGCAUCUGCCAAGAGCUUGGCGGGGAUAGGGGUAGGGGAUUCUCACACUUGCUGCUUUGCAUUCUAGCCUUUUAGAGCCAUUUGGUGGCACUCGAGGGACAAUCCCACUAGCAGUGUCCUGGACUAUUCACCGAAAGUUGACAUUACGUAUUGUAAGUGUGGAAUGCGGCAGCCUCCCCUCAGACAGCACAGGACCCAGGAUGGCUGGGAGGUGGCCUUCACAUUCAUACAUAAUGCUAAGCCACAGAUGUCAAUGGGAUUACUUGGGCCUGGUACACUGUAUGUGGAUUGGGGCCCCUGCAUUCCUCCCUCUGUAAUCUAUUAGCAAGAACUGCUAGUUAUGCACAUAUAUUAAUUUAGCCUGGCCUACCUCACGGGGCUGUUGCAAAUGGGAAGGGCAGGAUAGAUGCACAUGACCUUGAGCUCUUGGAAGGAAAAGUCACAUACAAAUACAUAAUGCCAUUCACAGAUUGUGUAAAGAAAAACAAACUUGUAGAAUCCCAGAAAAGCAGCCCCCCUUGUUUUAAAUGCAACAUUUUAUAAUUCUGUUACCUACUGCAAGAUACCAAAACAAUAAUAAAAAAAAGUUGGCCAACCCUAAC